GCCGAGAGCUGUCGCGUUCGGGUCUCUGGCUGCGCCGCUGUCCAAGCUGGGCUCAGAAUCCUGAUGCAAACCCUCCCCCACACCACCUUUCCAUCCUUCAGAGGGGUUUGCCCGCCGUAGUCGCUGAAUGAUUGCGUCAUCGGAAGCCAAAAACACCUUUGCAUCCCUCUUCGGCUUCUGACGUCCCUGCCCCGACGUCAUAUCCCUGCAGAGGUGGAAGUCAGGGUCGGGGGACUUCGAGGACCUCAUGGAGCCCAGAGGGACCAAGAGAAGAGCUGAGAAGACAGAGGUAGCUGAGCCUCCGAACAGUCUGCCCCAUGCAGCACCCUCCCUGCCCACGAAGCCUGCCCUCUAUUCUGGACCUUUUCCUUUCUACCGGCGCCCUUCUGAACUCGGUUGCUUCUCCCUGGACUCACAACGCCAGUACCAUGGAGACGCCCGAGCUCUCCGCUACUACAGCCCACCCCCCACCAACGGCCCAGGCCUCAACUUUGACCUUAGAGACGGAUACCCUGAUCGAUACCACCCCCGGGACGAGGAGGUCCGAGAGGGGCUGGACCACUUGCUACGCUGGCUUCUGGAACACCGAGACCAACUGGAGGGGGGUCCCGGCUGGCUGGCAGGGGCCGUAGUGACCUGGCGGGGGCACCUGACAAAGUUGCUGAUCACACCGUACGAGCAGCAGGAGGGCUGGCAGCUGGCAGCCUCGAGGUUCCAGGGGACGCUGUACCUGAGUGAGGUGGAGACGCCGGCCGCGCGGGCUCAGAGGCUUGCUCGGCCGCCCCUCCUCCGGCAGCUUAUGUACAUGGGGUACAAGUUUGAGCAGUACAUGUGCGCAGACAAACCUGGAGGCUCCCCAGACCCCUCCGGGGAGGUUAACACCAACGUGGCCUUCUGCUCUGUGCUACGAAGCCGCCUGGGAAGCUACCCUUUGCUCUUCUCGGGGGAGGUCGACUGCAUGGCCCCCCGGGCCGCAUCCACACAGCCCCCCACCUGCUACGUGGAGCUCAAGACCUCCAAGGAGCUGCACAGCCCUGGCCAGUGGCGGGCCUUCUACAGACACAAGCUCCUGAAGUGGUGGGCUCAGUCAUUCCUCCCAGGGAUCCCGCAUGUCGUUGCCGGCUUCCGUAACCCGGAGGGCUUCGUCCGUUCCCUCAGAACCUUUCCUACCAUGGAGAUGUUUGAACACGUCAGGAAUGACCGCCAUGGCUGGAGCCCCUCCGUGUGCGUGAACUUCUGUGCCGCCUUCCUGAGCUUUGCCCAGAGCACAGUUGUCCAGGACGACCCGAGCCCUAUGCCCUCUUCCCCCAGGCUCGUCCACCUCUUCUCCUGGGAGCCCGGGGGCCCAGUCACCGUGUCUGUACAUCGAGACGCACCUUAUGCCUUCCUGCCCACGUGGUACGUGGAAGCCAUGACCGCAGACCUCCCGUCACCCUCCAAGACAACGUCCCCCAAGGACUGACGCUGCAGGGGCUGAUGGUGUCGUUGUGCACAGAGAAUAAAUGCAUGUUUCUAA